AUGGACCUUGCCUUGACGGACGACAAGGCGAUCUUGAUGCUCGAGCUUCCUGGUCUUGACAAAGAAAGCAUUUCCCUCGACGUGCUGAAUGGUAGGCUUGUCGUCAGCGGUGAGAAGACGAUUCUGAAGGACGUCGAAGAGAAGGGAUUCGUGCAUCGCGAACGUCAAAUGAGUCGCUUUUCGCAUAUUGUUCUGCUUCCUACUGGAAUUAAGACCGCCAAUGUCCAAGCCAAGAUGGACUCGGAGAAUGGCCUCUUGACUGUUACGUUCCUGAAGAGAAGCCAGGAACAACAAGCCCAGAGGAUCACGAUUGCAUAA